AUUAAAAAAAGUACCUGAAACAUUUGCCCAGUGAGACUCUGCCCAUGCAGAUCAUGUUGAAAAUCCUGACUGGUAACAUUCAAACAAUUCUGAACAGUUUUCAGUUUAUCAGUCAGCAUACAAGCCUACAACAUGGACACCAACCCUUGGAAAAAGGAAGAAAUCAGCUGCCUGGUUUGUUUGAAUAUUCUAACAAAUCCUACUACUCUUUCAUGUGGGCAUAACUUCUGCAUGGAGUGCAUCACCAAAUACUGGGACCAGGCUGUCAGCACUGGUAUCUGCUGUUGUCCCUGCUGCCGACAGACUUUCACCCCAAGGCCCACUCUGAAGAACAACACCAUUCUGGAGAAGAUGGUGGUCAAGCUGAGCAAAAAAGUCCUUCAAGACGGCCCUCCACUUCCCGACCGUGCGCCUGAUGACACGUCCGUAUGUGCUGUGUGCACAGGGAGGAAAGGCAAAGCCACAAAGACAUGUUUGGACUGUCAGGAGUCGUACUGCCAGAGUCAUCUCAGAGCCCACCGGGUCUGCCCUUUGCUGCAGGCACACACCCUCGUGGACGCAGAGCUGGAGUUUCAAGGGAAGCUGUGCCCACAGCACAAUGAGCUACUGGAUGUUUACUGUCGAGAGGAGAGGAAGUGUAUCUGUCAGCAGUGCAAUGCAGAAGAACACCAGAACCAUGAGACUGUCCCUGUUGAGACUGAGAGAGACAGAAGACAGGCCCAGCUGACUACAGUGCAGGAUAAUUCUAGAUGUCAACUCCAGGACACAAAGGUGCUACUGAGGACACUGGAUGAGGCUGUGGAGGCUUUGAAGGCCUCAGCGCAGGCUGCAGAGGAGGACAGUGACGGGAUGUUCUCUGAGAUGAUGAGCUGUCUGAAACAGAGGCGACAGGAAGUGAGGGAGUGUAUCAGAUCCAGGACGAGGGCUCUGGUGGACAAGGCAGAGCAGAAACAGGCCCGUCUCAGACUGGACAUCGAGACCCUGCAGAGGAAAGACAUGGAACUGGAGACACUGAGGAACAUGCGAGAUAGCACCCUGUUCCUGCAGACGUGGCAGCCAAUCAGCACGCUGCCUAAACGCGACUACAACAUCGUUAUCAGUGAGAAAGCUACAUUUGAUAGUGUGAAGACUGUCAUCAGUGAAUACAAGCAGCUCUUUGAUGACAUUUCGAAUGAAUCCUUAGAAUUCUUCACGCACACACUUGGGAACGUGCUGAUUUUGGAACCUCCAGUGACCAUGGCAAAACCUCAGACCAAAAACUUGCAUGUCAUCAAACCUCCGAUUCCGAGAAGCAGAGCGGACUUCUUACAGAAUGCUUGUCAACUCACCCUUGAUCCAGACACGGCACACCCCAACCUGAUCCUCUCUCACCACAACCUCAAAGCAACGGCCAAACCAGGAAAGCAGUUGAGAAGACCUUCCUCAAGGAACUUCAACCACUGGGAACAAGUACUGUGUCUGGAGGGCUUGACCGGCAAAAAAUACUACUGGGAGGCAGAAUGGACUGGCAAGGAAGUGGUUAUGGGUGUGACCUAUGAGGGGAUUCAAAGGAAAGGAAAGGAUGAGCAGAGCAUGCUGGGCCGCAAUGAGAAGUCCUGGAGUUUGACGUGUUCUGAGCUCCAUUACUCAGCCUGGCACAAUAACGAGGAGACCAGACUGAUGGCUGAGGUGUCGUCUCCGAGGAUAGGAGUGGGUUUGGACCACCAAGCAGGCACUCUGACUUUCUACAGCAUUUCUGAAUCCAUGACUCAACUUUAUACGUUUUUUGUUAAGGAAUUCACAGAGCCACUCUACCCUGGUUUUGGAAUCGGGGCGAAGAGCUCUUUGAAAAUCUGUGAACUGAGGUAAAUGAUGAUGCAGAUUGGGGAUUGGGAAUGUAGUUUAGCAAUGAUCCUUAAUUCAUGACUAACAUCAGAAGCAAUAAAACUAGGAGAAGUUGCUUGCAGUAAGAUGGAUAUUUGUAUUUGAAUAGCAUUGUACCCUCAGAUAUAUAUGCAUUUUAGAGAAGAACCAUUUAAAAAGAGGUGGUAUAGAUUCUUUAUUCAUGUUGUCCUAUUCACAAAGUAAAUGUGUACAUUCGUUAUCAUAUGUACAUUAUAAAAACAAUCAGGACAUGCAGGUUUUAGCGUGACAGAGUAUUAGAAUGAAUUAAUCCUAAAUCUUUAUACAACUCAAAUAAAAAAAACAGCUAAACUUAAUACAAAAUAAAAAUUCAACAUAUAUAUAAAAAAAAUAAAAGUAUGUUAUUCCAUCCAUAAAUGUCCAAUUCAAUCAAAAAGGUUUAAUCCAUCAUUGGCCAGCAAUGCCCAACAUUUCUGUUCAAAUAAAGCACUCAUUUCACUUACAUGUCCAUGAGAUACACUUCCAUAGUACACAUUUCUUUUCACCGAUCGCAUGGAGUUUUCUAGGACUCACAGUCAACUUAUAUUACAAUUGGAGUCCUCUCCAACACUGGA